GCGGGCUCGGGCCGGAGCCCUGCGGCGAGGGGGGCGGCGCGGAGCCGCCGGCCACGACGGACCCCGACGAGGGCGAGGGGGGCGAGAUGGCGUCAGGCGAGGAGCCGCUGGCCGCGACGGACCACGACCUGGGCGAGGGCGAGCUGGAAGGGGGCUUGAACGACGGCGCCGCUUCGGAGGAGGUGGUCGGCGAGGAUGAGGCUCUCGACGAGGGCGAUGGCGAGAUGGAAGGGGGCUUGGACGACGGCGCCGCUUCGGAGGGAGUGGUCGACGAGGAGGAGGCGCUCGAGGGGGCAGCCGGCGGGUGCCCGGAGGGGGCGGAGCUGCCCCCGAGCGUCCUCCACCUCCUCGAGGAGAGGGAGGAGGGCGAGGAGGAGGCGGGGGGCACGGAGCCGGGCGAGGCCGGUGCACGUGCGCGGCCGCAGCGGGAGCCCCCGCGGUGGCGGCGCGACGUGCCGCUGUGGAUGCGGCUGCCGGGCGCGGAGCUGCAGAUUCUGCCGCGCGAGCUUGAGGAUCUGCCAGCGGAGGCGCUGGUGCUGAGCACGGACGGCCGCAACAGGCGUCUCUAUCCAGCCGACGAGAUCUUGGCCGAGUUGACUGGGGGGUGCGCCGAGGAUGUCGAGUACUUCGAUGACGCCGACUGGGGACAGUUCCCGGCGGUCGGGGCCGCCCUCAGGGAGCUGGCCGACGUCGAGGAGUGCUUCUGCCUGGCAGUGUGCCGCCCUCUCGGCGCCUGGGCCGUCGGCGUCGGCAUGAGAGGGCAGACCACCGCGCGCGCGCGGCCCAGCUGGCGCUGGCGUUGGCUCUGGCCAUCCGCAUGGAG